AUGUUUUUCCCUAAGCGUUUGAUUGUAUGGGGUGUCCUUCUGAUUUUAAGUUUAUCUCAGUUUAUGCUCUACUUGCCGGCUACAACGUGCACGACUUCUAAAGGACUGCGGUUAUGUGCUCCACAGUUUACUAUAACUGUCAUCGGAGGAUCUAGUACAGCCAAUGAGUUUAUUGCAAGUGUAAGAGAAUUUUUACGAUUGAUUUCGUAUCUAACAAUUGACAUGGGUUGGUCGAAUGAGUUCACUGAUCCAAGCAUUUAUGAGGAUGAAAAUUUGGUAGACACUUUUCAGCCUGAUAAAGUCUUUGAGCUUAAUUAUUUUGGAUUUUGUAAGCGAGAUAAUAGAAGCAAAAUUUACUGUACUUCAAAUGAGAAUUAUGGCAUGGACGUCCUUGAAGUACUUGUCAGAGAUGUUGGAAUCCAAUUGGGUAAUAUUUCCACGACACGAUCUAAUGAAACUAAAAAGUUCGGUGACUCUUUGGUGUUGACGUACCGUUUGGCAUUGACAUCUAUUCGUGAUUUUUUGAAACACGACAAACAUUCUGGGAAUGCUCUAUCGAAGGCCUUGAUUGGCGCACCAAAUACAAACUUAGAUGACACAUCGUCGACGAAGAACUAUCUGAAAGGGGUCAAUCUGGCAUUUAUAUUGAUGAUGUUCAAUGGCAUAGUUUUUUACUUUGCUGUUUUAGAAAUCAUAGUCGGAUUUCUGAAUAUCUGUGUAGUGUCAGCAUUUGGAGGAGCUCUUAGCGUCGGGAAACGGCACCGCUUAUUUCCUAUUCUAUUGAAGUCUUCAAGCUCGAUAUUAGUAGUUUUUUCUACGUUGACAGUAUUAUGUAACGUCAUAUAUUUGAUUGCACUGAAAACCUUAGAACCCGAAGAGGUGUUAGAGGUAGGAUAUGACAAUUCCACCGCACAUACUACAGGUUGGGAAUUGUUAAGAGUAAAUGUAGGAAGUGGGUUCAUUAUGGGGCUUGCCAGAUAUGCCAUUCAGUGGGUCCUGUUAUUACUCGCAUUUCUUGCAGCAAACCAUUACAAGGCCAAGCCAAAAAAGUCUGAUAAGAGCGCAGAGGACGCAUCUAUCUCCCCUUCUCCAGAUUUCAUGGAGAAGUAA